GGCUCCUGAGCGGGCUCUAGCUGUCUAGCUUCAAUCAACUUGCGGCUGGUCGUGCUAAUAGUCAGAUGUAUCUAAGCUACGGUCUGAGCAUAUAAAUCCACGUUCCCUCCAGGGAUGCACCCCGGCUUUUAUUUUCUCUACCCUCGUGCUCUUCUCUCAUUUAUCCUCCAUACCUCUAUCUUCUAUUCUCUCUCCUAUUUUUUUCUAGACCUCUCUCCUUUACUUUCCAAAGUUACCAGAAUGGCAGCCAACCCCGUCCAGAAUGGACUCUUCGUCCACGAGAACACCACCCCUCCCGCACACCCCAGCCUAAUGCAGAUGUUCUCUCUCAAGGGCAAAACCGCCAUCGUCACAGGUGCUACGGCCGGCAUUGGAUUCGCCGUGGCCAACGGUUUAGCCGAGGCCGGAGCCAACGUCGCCAUCUGGUGGAAUACCAACGAGAAGGCGCCGGAGAGCGCGGCGAAGAUUGCCGAACAAUACGGGGUUCAGACCAAGGCGUACAAGGUUGAAAUCAACGACCCCCAAGCCGUGCAAGAAGCGGUCGACCAGGUGGUGAAGGACUUCAACGGCCGCCUGGACGUCUUCAUCGCCAAUGCCGGGGUCGCCUGGGUGAAGGGCCCGAUGGUCGAUGCUCCAUUGGAGCACUACGAGCACGUGGUGGGCGCCGACCUGAACGGCACCUUCUACUGUGCCCGGGCGGCCGCCAGCUACUGGCGCCGACAGAAGGAACAGGGCACGGAUCUGUUCGGCAACCCGCUGGAGAAUUUCUCGUACGGGAGCUUUGUGGCUACCGCCUCGAUGAGCGGGCAUAUUGUCAACUUCCCCCAGAUGCAGGCGGCGUACAACGCAGCCAAAGCGGGGGUCAUUCAUCUUUGCAAGUCUUUGGCUGUUGAAUGGGUCAGAUUCGCUCGGGCCAACAGCGUUUCCCCGGGUUACAUCGCGACGGAGCUGUCCAACUUCGUGCCGGACGAGACCAAGAAGAUCUGGCGGGACAAGAUCCCCAUGGGCCGGGAGGGUCUUCCGGAGGAGUUGAAAGGCGCCUACCUGUAUCUGGCCUCGGAUGCGUCCAGCUACACGACGGGGGCUGAUCUUGUGGUGGACGGCGGGUACUGUGCUCCGUAGGCUUUCUAAACAUACACUCACGUAUAUAUACCUUUUCCAUUGCUAUGUUUAUAGGGGGGACUGUCGGAUAUGGAUAACAUCCCCGCGAGAGUCCAGACAAAUCAACUAGAUCUCCAUCAAGUAGGAUUUCAUCCCCCAAGGUUUCGAAGAAUCUCAC